GAAGGCUUUCUAUGUUAGACGCUUAUAUCAGCUUAAAAACAAACAAAUACAAACUAUUCAUUAUUUUAAAAUAAUGUUACAUGGAUUUGAGUUUUCUUGGACUUUUAAAGUGACGAGCUGAGACUAUACUAGUAUGAUUCGAACAUUUAUUUCGUUGUGUCUGGUUGGCUUUUUACAAGCUGAAUCAGGUGAAGUUCAGUCAGUACGGGUGGGUGAUCCUGUCACUCUUAACUCUAACACUUUCGAAAUACAGCUAACGAAUGAGAUCGAGUGGAGGUUUAACAACAUUCGCAUUGCUAGAGCAUUAAACGGCAAUGAUAAAUAUGAUCAAAAUGAGCGUUUCGAAGACAGACUGAAGCUGGAGAGAAAUGGAUCUCUUACCAUCACCGACACCAGAACCACGGACACUGGAGUCUAUAAAUUUAGUACCAUUAUCAACGGCAAGGACUCAACCAAGACAUUCAGUGUUACUGUUUAUGAUCCAGUAUCCAGUAUUCCUGUCAUUACCAGUGUCAUUUCACAGUGUUCUUCAUCACCAGAAAGUUCAUCAAGCCCAAAAUGUGUGCUGCUGUGUUCAGUGAUGAAUGUAAGCCACGUGACUCUCUCCUGGUUCAAAGGAAACAGUUUACUGUCCAGCAUCAGUGUGUCUGAUCUCAGCAUCAGUCUCUCUCUACCUCUGGAGGUGGAGUAUCAGGAUAAUAACACCUACAGUUGUGUAGUGAACAAUCCCAUUAGCCUCCAGACCAGACAUGCCUGCAUUACCGAUCUCUGUCGUUUGUGUUCAGAGGAAGACCGCUAUUGUGAAAGCACUGAACCUGUGAUCCGAUUGGUCGUCACUGCUGUGGUGGGUCUGGCUGCUGUGGCUGCGUUCAUUGUGCUGGUUUAUGACAUCAGAUCCAGAAGAGAUGAACAGGAGAGACAUCAGACUCAGAGUGAUUGAUCCAAUACUUUAAAACAACAGUAA